UCCCGCUGCACGCUUCAUCCAGACAUUACGGAGGGAGAUCCUCCCAAAGCUGGCCCAAGGGUGGAGCUUUGGGAGGGCCCACGCAUGCGGCAGAGCUGGAAUUUCUUCAUAAGGCAGCUGGCAGGAACAGGUACCAAUGUAAGGCGAGGAGGAGCUCUGUAAGGAUGUCCAUGGACCUGUACAGCCCCAACAUGGGUGAGAAUGGGGCCUCCAUGUGCCAGAUGAAGCAGCUACCCUGCCACGGCGUGCCGCUCCUUCGCCUGCAGGCUGGUGGGCACCACGCACACAGCCACUCAAACCUCCCUCACAAGCCGUGCUUGAGCGACCCAUCGCUGGUGGCGGCCUCUGGGACAACCCCUGCCCUCCGGCAGAGGGUCAGCGGUGCCACGGCAGGAACCUGCAACAGCCCCAGCUGUGCAGCUUGGAGACAUGGACAGGUGGGAACAGCAGCCUGGGACGGCCAGAAGGGGAAGGUGCUGGUGACAGGUGGAGCGGGAUAUUUUGGCUUCAGGCUGGGGAAGGAGCUGGCCAGCGAGGGGAUGACCGUGAUCCUCCUGGAUGUGAACAAGCCUCCCUGGGACAUUCCUGAGGGAGCGAUCUUCUUCCAGAGCGACAUUCGGACCUAUUCCUCCCUCCAUAAAGUGUGUGAAGGCGUGGACUGCAUUUUCCACACAGCAUCUUAUGGCAUGUCUGGGCCAGAGCAGCUCAGGAAGGAGCAGGUGGAGUCAGUCAACGUCGGAGGAACCAAGAAUGUCAUAAAGGUGUGUAUAGAGAGAGGCAUCCCCAGGCUGGUGUACACCAGCACCAUCAACGUGGUGUUCGCUGGCAAACCGAUCGUGGAUGGAGACGAGGCUUCGGUGCCAUAUUUGCCUGGCGAUUUGCACAUUGACCACUACUCCAGAACUAAAGCGGUGGCGGAGCGGAUGGUCCUCUCGGCCAACGGAUCCUCCGUGAAAGGCGGAGGGACACUGCAGACCUGCGUCCUGCGUCCCUGUGGCAUCUACGGACCAGAGGAGAGGAGACAUCUCCACAGAGUGAUGAUGAACGUGGAGCGGCGCCUGUUCAGCUUCAGGUUCGGAGACCCAGCAGCCAAGAUGAAUUGGGUCCAUGUGGAUAACCUGGUCCUGGCCCACAAGCUGGCAGCUGAGGCUCUCACAAAGAAGAAAAGCUGCGUCGCUAGCGGGCAGGCAUAUUUCAUCAAUGAUGGCAUUUCUGUCAAUCUCUUUGAGUGGCUGACACCUUUGUUUGAAAAACUGGGCUACAGCAGACCCUCAAUAAAUCUGCCGGUUUCACUCGUCUAUACAGCAGCUAUUCUGGUGGAGUAUUUACACGUGAUUCUGAGACCGGUGAUCAAAGUGCCUCUUCUCUUUACCAGGAGUGAGGAGUAAUAUUUCCUGUUUGGUGAUAUCUAAGGAGAUGACAUUCCAGUGUGGCUGACACAGCAGAAAUGCUUGUAAGGCUACAUUUUUUUAUAUUCUUUUUCUGGGUUUUGUGGCACUUUUGGCUCAUUUUUACACAGUAGGCUGACAAAAAAGUUUUUUUUUUUUUGAGAGAAAGGGGAAGACAUGCAGCAAAGGA